GAAAGUGAAUGGUAACACUCGGGACUGUAAUGUCACUCAAAUAAUUUCUAGUUUUUAGUCUGUGGUAGGUACUCGAACUGUGUAAAAUACCAAUAAUUACAAAAAAUUAAGAUUUAUCAAUUUGUGUAAAAGAAAUUAAUUAAUUUUAGUUUUAUAAGAUAUUCUAAGGUUCUCAAUUUCAAGAGAAAAUAUAUACGCGAUGUUAAGUAUAAAAUAAAGUUGCAUAAAUCGUCCCCCAUUCCGGGAGCCGUGGGACUGAUUAAGAUUGGAUUGAGUAGUCGUUCAGGAGUCUAACGAACCUGAGCUAAAAUGUCCGGGCGAAGAAAGGCUCCGCUCAAGUUCAAGCUUCCAGAUCCAGAACCAGUUACUGUAACACCUCCAAGAAAUCUGGACAAACAGACUACUAUCACAGUAGAUGACAAGACAUUCACUGUGCAUGCAGAUGACCUGGUUAAGAUUUGUGACCUCGGCCGCGGAGCCUACGGUAUUGUGGAAAAGAUGCACCAUAAACCCAGUGACACUAUUAUGGCAGUUAAGAGGAUCACUGCAUCUUUUAACACUCAGUCACUAGAGUUGAAACGCCUACUGAUGGAUCUGGAUGUCUCUAUGCGGGCUAGCGCUUGUCCAUAUACAGUACAUUUCUAUGGUGCCAUGUUCAGAGAAGGAGAUGUUUGGAUCUGUAUGGAGGUCAUGGACAUGAGCCUCGACAAAUUCUACACCAAGGCAUACAAGAACCAAAAGACCAUCACUGAGAAUAUACUCGGUAAAAUUGCAUUCUCAGUCGUGAGCGCCCUUCACUACCUUUACUCGAAACUUAGAGUCAUACACAGAGAUGUCAAACCUUCCAACAUCCUGAUCAAUAGGAAGGGUGAAGUGAAAAUGUGUGACUUUGGCAUAUCUGGAUAUCUAGUUGAUUCAGUAGCCAAAACAAUUGACGCAGGCUGCAAGCCUUAUAUGGCACCAGAGAGGAUCGACCCCAGUGGAAACCCCGGUCAAUAUGACAUCCGCAGUGACGUGUGGUCGCUGGGGAUUUCAAUGAUUGAACUGGCCACGGGUCAGUAUCCAUACAACACAUGGGGAACACCGUUUGAACAAUUGAAACAGGUUGUAAAAGAUGAUCCGCCACGUCUGCCAAGUGGAAAGUUUUCUCCCGAGUUUGAAGAUAUGAUCACACAGUGCCUCAAAAAGGAUUACAAACAGAGGCCUAACUAUGAUGCCCUAUUAGUGCACCCGUUCUGUCAAGAACACAGUCAGAAGGAGACGGAUGUGGCUUCGUUUGUUCAAGAAAUAUUGGACUUCCCCGAUGAUUAGUGCGAGCAACGUCUUUUACGUACCUAUAAGUACAAGUGUUUAGUAACUAACAAUAGUAUAGGAGUUGUAAUCAAAAUAUUGUUAUUAACAUAUACUUUACAGUUACGCUCAUUGACUGGUGGCUUGGUACAGCAAGGCAUUUUUAAUGAUUGAAAAUAUGUACUGAAUAUAACAAACAAUACCUGAAUUAUUUUAUAUAAAUGCGACAUGAAAUUUAAAGUUCAAACAAUCAUUAAAUGAAUUUUGCUUGUAUAAGUAUUUAAAAUUUGGCAUAAAAUGUACAGAAUAGACAAAAACACAAUACCAAUCAGUCUUCAAAAUAAAGACUUUAUUUUUUAUACUAGUAACAAUUGUAUUUUUGGUGUGAAAUGUAGAAUAUUUAGUCAAUAAUUAUUAUUUGCUAUGCAAAGCUGCAAAAUUGUUGUUUACUGCAAGUGUGUUCUGAAUACAGAGCAAGUCAAGAAUUCUAAAAUUUAACCACAAGUAAAGAGAUUGGUUUAAUAAUAGAAUCCUGAGCAUUGUGAGGAAUAUAAUUUUACUAGAGUAAAUAAAUUUGUAGCCAAGCGCACCACAUUCUUCAUUGGGAUCCUAAAUAUAGUAUAGGGAGUAUACACUACAGAACUGCUUUAAGCGGAAAAUUGCUAGACAGGCAAAUGUUGUUAACAAUACAGCCUGUUCAUUCUUUCUAUGAAUUCUUGAUAGAGAAUGCUUUUAAAUCAACUUUACUUAUGAAUUUUCAUAUUUUUUUUUACAAAACAAAACAGUUAUAAACAUUGCAUUCUUCUUCAUAUAUUUUUAACCGACUUCCAAAAAGGAGGAGGUUCUACGUUUGGCUGUAUGUAUGUUUUUUUUUAAAUGUACUAUUUGCUACUGUACUUCAUCACAUUUUCAAUUCCAGUUCCUCUUAUAUACAUCUCAUAUUUGCUUAGGCAAUAAAAGAGACACCCUGAUUUCUCUAGUAAAAUCUAAGUAGUAAGAUUUUCUGUGCUAAAAAAAAUGUCUUCUGGUGCCAGCAUCAAAUGUUAAUGUGCCUACCUUUGUGGUAUGAUACUUGUUUGCCAUAGUAGGAACACAAAAUCAUGUUCUGCAAUUAUUGUAAUAUAAAUACUUCAAUGUUAGGUGUAGUAGACUCACUCCCACUCAGCAGAUACAGAGCUCAAGUCACGAAAAAUAAUUACUAUUUAAUUAGUAAAAUAAUUACUAUUUUAGUAUACAUAGUAUAGUUAGAAGUAUAUAUGUAUAUACAAUAGGUACAGUUAUUCAUGUAUUAUACAGGGUGCUCGGCAGUAUUCCCCUUAACUUCAAGGUGUUGACGAGUCCACUAAUAGGAGCUGAACUGCAUAAAUAAUAUUUUUUUAACUAAAAACAUUUUUAAUUAAUUUUCGGUAAAAAAUAUAACCCCAGAGUUAUGGGAAAUACUUCCCAGCACCAUGUAUAAGAGGAAAUUAUAAUAUAAGGAGAGAAAAUGAUAUAUACAUAGACGAAAAGCUGCCGUAUCCAUCACUCACUCUUUCGCUGUGACGAAAUAGAGAGAACAAUAUUUUCGAUCGGCCGCUAUUGAUAGACCAUAAAUGUUUGUCUUCUUGAAAUACCUCAUCAUCUUAGACCUGCCGGAAUUGGUAUUGGUAUGUUAAAAUACCUCGCCAUAGUUUAAAUAUCACAGUUCUUCGUAAUUGAUAUAUCUGUUACGUGGGAAUGAAUCUUAGUAGAAUAUAAUAUUCGCUAACCUCAUGAGUGGCCUCAAAUGGAAACAAUGGCCUUAUAAGUUAUAACCAUUUGAUACAGUAACGACCGCUGUGUUCGUCGACAUAGCAAUAUUUUAUAAUACAUCACAAGUUAAGGAGUUAGUCCAAAUAAACUAUUUGUUUUAAAAA